AUGUUCAUCAGUACAAGAUGCAGAAUUAAAGGCUUCACCCUUAAGAAGUUGCCGUGGGCCAAGUCAUCAUCAACUCGAUUUGUUUCAACUGAACCAUUAAACGCGAGCACAAUUACGAAACCAGAUGGUAUCUUCAGUUAUUCUCCAUUAAGCAGCAGAACAUACAUCAGGAUACGAGGACCCGACACAGUGAAAUUUUUGAACGGAUUAGUUACCUCGAAACUAUUACCACAUUUUAUCAAAAAGAACCUAACCACUGUAGAAGAGAGUGAAAUAGCUACUGAAAAAGGGACGAAAAAGGCUGAUCCUAUUGUUCCUGUGCCCGAAUUCGAUGCCCGACUGGGGAAUUGGGGACUAUAUAAUGAAACAGGCAUUCAAGGGCCAUAUAUCUCGAGAUUUGGUUUGUACUCUGCAUUCUUAAACGGAAAGGGAAAGCUAGUAACAGAUACAAUUAUUUACCCUAUACCUGCAAAAUUAACCGGACAAGUUCCAGACUAUCCUGAAUACCUUCUAGAGUUCCAUGAGAAUGUUGUCGACAAAAUUUUGCACGUUUUGCAAACCCACAAAUUGACUAGUAAGAUUAAAUUCGAAAAAACUGAUCAUGCAUCCUUGAAAACCUGGGACGUUGAGGUUCAAUUCCCUAAUUUGCCCAAAGAUAUGGAAAAUCCGUGGUUUGACAAUCUACUAGAUCCCAUGACUUUGCCAAAAAAUUCCGUAGAUGCUAAUAAUUUUGCUAUUAAUGUUUUAGAGUCUUUGUUUAACUCAGAUCCUAGAAUCUUGGGUGUUUACGUAGAAAGAAGAACUGAGUCGAUAUCAAGACAUGACUCCACAUUCCCGCAAUCCUUCAGACUUGUCACUUCGGAGCAAGUGGAUGAUCUUUCUAAGUUAUUUAACUUCAACGUUUUUGACUUCCCCUUUCAAGUAAAUAAAAAAGUCCCCGCUCAAAUCAGAGAAAUUAGAUUUCAAAAAGGUCUCGUAGAUAGCACUGAGGAUUACAAACCUGAGACUCUGUUACCUUUAGAACUUAACUUCGAUUUCUUACCAAACGCUAUAAGCACAAACAAAGGUUGUUAUGUAGGACAAGAGCUGACGGCCAGGACGUAUGCCACCGGCAUUCUGCGGAAACGUUUGGUGCCAGUUAAGCUGGAUAAUUACCAAUUUUUGGAUACAGACUCAGAAAAAAAAUACGCAGAAAUCCAUAUAGACGCCGUUGAAGAAAAGGGCCUUGCGGAGAACGAGCCAGCGCCUAAUCCGUUUGCCAAUAAAGCGCCUGUACGGAUCAAGAGGAAACAAAGGCCUGCAGGAUUAUUGAUUGCCAACGAGAGACAGUAUGGUGUAGCUUUACUUAGAAUUGAGCAUUUCUCCUCUGCCUUCUCAUCUGAUGAGCCAGUUGGAUUUUACAUUACUACUGCGAACGGCGAAAAUGUGAAGGUAACACCUCAAACACCAUUCUGGUUUAGAGAUUGGAAAUCAAAUGACAGCCUUCGUAAAUAA